UUAGGCCUGUGGUCCGAGUCACAGAUCAAGGUUUUUUUCCUAGGUGGGGCGUGUGUUAUCAGGGUGUCGACCACCACCAUUAUAGGCCAGGUGUUGUCCUGGGGAGCGCAGCACUAUAAAUCACCCAUGAACGUGCUGGAGUGGACCCAUGACAAGAUCGAGGCCUUGGCACACACCUGUAUACAUGAAAUGGGAAAUGUUCUGGAUAUCAGACUCCUCUCGGAGUCUUCCGUUGAUAAGGUUGACAACGUGAAGUUGGUUGAACGGUAUAAGGUACGACAGUCCUCAGUUGGAACCCUCUAUCUGACGACCACACAUCUCAUCUUUGUGGAUGCAGCAGGCAAAAGGGAAGUAUGGAUUUUACAUAUGCACAUAGCAGCCAUUGAUCGUCUGCCAUUGACGACGGGAGGCUCCCCCUUACAGCUACGAUGUAAAGACUUCCGCUGUGUGACCUUUGUCAUCCCUAAAGAUAGAGAGUGUCAGGACAUAUAUGAGUCACUGGUGGAUCUCUCCCGUCCAGCAAGUAUAGAUGCACUAUAUGCCUUCCAUUUCUCCCUGCCUGCUGCACAGAAGUCGUAUGGAUGGGAUAUGUACGAUACACAGACAGAGUUCUUGAGAAUGGGGAUUCCCAACGAGCUGUGGGUUCUUACAAGUAUGAACAAGGAGUAUGAGCUGUGUGACACAUACCCCCGGGACCUUUAUGUUCCUGCCACCGCUACCACACCUAUACUGGUCGGCAGUUCAAAGUUCAGAAGUAGAGGACGACUACCAGCUCUCUCCUAUCUACACAGAGAUAACCAGGCCGCUAUAUGUCGAUGUAGCCAGCCUCUCUCUGGCUUUAGUGCACGUUGUGUUGAGGAUGAACAGAUGUUACACGCCAUUUUGAGGGCGAAUCCCUCCUCUAAGUUCCUGUAUGUGGUGGACACACGUCCUAAGAUCAACGCGAUGGCAAAUAAAGCCGCAGGGAAGGGUUACGAGAAUGAGAACUUUUACUCCGACAUCAAAUUCCAGUUUCUGGGCAUUGAAAAUAUUCACGUGAUGAGGAAUGGUUUACAGAAACUAAUAGAUGUGUGUGAACUGAAGAAUCCAUCGAUGAAUGCCUUUCUGUCCAGUAUAGAAGGUAGUGGCUGGCUGAAACACAUCAAGUCUGUUAUAGACACAUCAGUGUUUAUUGUCAAUGCGGUGCGUAAUGGUAUCAGUGUACUGGUACACUGUUCAGAUGGAUGGGAUAGAACUGCUCAGACCUGUUCUCUGGCUUCCCUAAUGUUGGAUCCUUACUAUCGCACCAUACAAGGCUUCCAGGCCCUUAUCGAGAAAGAAUGGUUGUCCUUUGGCCAUAAGUUCACAGAUCGAUGUGGGUUCCUAGGAACAGGCGACCCAAAGGAAGUGUCACCAGUAUUCACCCAGUUCAUCGAGUGUGUGUGGCAGAUCAUGCAGCAGUUUCCGUGUGCUUUCCAGUUCAAUGAGCGCUUCCUCAUCACCAUACAUGACCAUUCAUUCUCCUGUCAGUUUGGUACAUUUAUUGGCAACUGUGAAAAGGACCGCAUAGAUCUAAGGUUGUCAGAAAGGACAUAUUCAUUGUGGGGCUACAUCUCCAGACACAUGACAGAGUUCCUCAAUCCACUCUAUAAGAAGGAAUAUGAAAUAAAGCAACCUGUUGUUGUACCAGAUACCAGUCCCCAGUGUGUGAGGUUUUGGAAAGGGAUGUACAAUCGAUAUGAGACUGGGAUACACUCUAGAGAACACAUUACUGACAUCUUAGGGGCAGCAAAGGAUCACAGCGACUCUCUGGAGGACCACAUCAGGCUGCUGGAGAAGAGAAUUACCCAGAUCUGCAAAGUGUUGGGGAAAUCUGAGGAAACAAUACAGAAAAAACUGGAUGGCUUCUUAUCAAUGGAGUCUUUAGAUGGCUACCUUGCUGGACAUAUAGAGGAAACACUUCCACAGAAGGUGUCAAAGGAUCUGACAAUGAAUGGAUCCUUGGAUUCAUCACCAGAUGACUCGCCACAACGAUCAGAUGACUCAACUCAACAUUCCGACGGAUCCCCGAACAGAGACAAAGACCAGAAGGACAAGAUGAACCACAUAACGAGUGACCGUGAGUCGGGGUUUGACGAGGUCAGCUCCACACUGUCGCAGUCAGGGGUGGACGAGGUGGCCUCACAGAUGUCAAAGUCAGGUAUUGAGGAGGGAGUGGGCACCAUGGAGUCGAGCAUGCUGUCAGGGGGCACGGAAACUCUUACUCUGGACCAGCUCCUCUUGGAGCUUCAGAGUGUGGCUGUUGAUUGGAGGUCUUUCCGCAACGUCCACACCUGCACGUGUGCUACCCCGUUUGAUUGCUUCACUAAAAAGUUUCAUUGUUGGAAGUGUGGUGAGGUGUUUUGUAUGAGAUGUAUAGCCAAGAGUAUUCCUUUACCUGGUCACUACUCCCACCGACCAGUCCCCGUCUGUCGACCCUGUUACAAGGAGGUACGGCAUUCACCGUCGAUGGAGUUCCCACCAGGCUAUACACCCCUGACCAGCUGAUAAAGGGGGAUAAUUGUUGUGACUUUAACUCUAGUGUAGCUGACGAUGACAAGUGCUGUUGUGAUGUUGUGUAGAUAUGUCAUCGUUUUGUUGCCUCUCACCCCUAAUAUCUCAAAAUCAUAAUACCCAUCAGAAAGGACCUGGAACAUUCCAUUGUAGAUGUAGGUAAACACAAAGCCAUUGUGUAUUCUUUGCUCUAUAGAAUCAGGAUCGUGAAGGAUAAUAACAUGCUUACAAUUCCCCUAUAUUGUUGUAAGGUGAUUUUACCAGCCAUCGUGUCUCUGAAGGUUCUUCACAGAGUUAUACAUUUAUUGAGUUUGUUACCAUAGUAACAUAUUUCUGGUGACAUUAGUUCCUGUCUGGAGAUAUUUGUUGUCAGUUAAAGUGUGGAGAUACUCCGAACAGUGUGUAAGCCUUUAACAGGCUCACAAUGACAUGAAACAGGCCAAAUAUGGAUGUAGAAUACUCGAAUAUAUAUAUAUAUUGAGGAUGCUGAGAUUAAACUGAGGGUGAACAAGUGAGGAAAUGAGGCGGUAUACUGUGAUUUUGUGAUAAAACAUGACAUUACCUGUGUGUUACUCCUGGCAGUGUGGUGACCGGGGCCACAGAAACAACAGAUAAUGUCGAGAGAGAAUCAAAUUCAUCUCAUACGGGGAUUAUUUAUUUACAUUUUGUGUUGGUUGCUUGGUAACCAGUUUCUAUGGUGAUAUAGUGAGGGAGCACUGUUUUGGUUCAUUGCUGUGAUGUUUUAUACAUGUCAGAUAUAUAUGUAAGAGAUGUACACCCUCUGUUGUUUAAUGUGUGGGAUACUCAGUCACAUAUAAUCACAUUUUCUAAAAUCAUUUCUUACCCUAAAAAUUUACAAAAUUUUAAAGGCCAUAUGAUACAUCAGGACGAUUUAUUUUGUAAGAAAACAAGAUUUCCUGCAACUUUUUUUUAAAAAUCUCAUUUUAGAAAGACUAGCAAAUUUAAUAUAGACCAACAAAUUUAAUAUAGAACAACAAAUCUAAUAUAGACUACAUAUACAUGUUUUAGAAUUGAAAAAGCAUUUAUCACUACUAAUGUCAGCAAUGGGUGAAACAGUAAAAAAGACCUUUACAUGUUUGGUUUGGUUUAUUUUGUUUAAUAUCCUAUUAACAGCCAGGGUAAUUUAAGGAUGUGCCAGGUUUUGGAGGUGGAGGAAAGCCGGAGUACCCGGAGAAAAACCACCGGCCUACUGUCAGUGCCUGGCAACUACCCCACGUAGGUUUCAAACUCGCAACCCAGAGGUGGAGGGCUAGUGAUAAAGUGUCGGGACACCUUAACCAUUCUGCCACCGCGGCCUCACACCUUUACAUGUAAAACAAUAGCACAAACUGCAGUUUCACAACAUCCAAUAAAUUUGUUAUUGGAGAUUAAAAGAUGAGUGGCCAGUCAUGCAUAUAAAUGUGAUAUUUUUUUCCGGAAAUGGCCAAUAAAUAUAGGAAUGUAAAAACUGAUGGCCACUUAUUUGAAUUGGAUUACUAUGGUCUAUAGUAUAUGUAGCCACGUGGAAUUUGAAGUGGCUAUAUUAUGUAUUUCAUAGCUAUUACAAUAAGAAUAUAAAUUUAUGUGUUAUACAUAAAUGCUGUUUAUGAACUAAGACGAUCUGUUGCUAAUAUCUACGAUCCUUGUAUCAUGUAUGUAUAGUAGUAAGAUAGUUAGUAGUAAUAGCAGAGGAUACAUAGUGAUUGGUCAGCUUGAUAGCAAGUACGUGAUUGGUCAGUCCAGUCACGUGAUUGGUCAUUCUCUUCAGCAGUUUUUUCGGUGAAGAUAGAAGUUUUGCGAAAAAAUUAUUACCGCCACCUCCCCACCACACGACCAUUUCAGGUGAUGCCUGGGGUUAUAGCAGCUGUUUUUCUAUUCGAAAUUCAUAAGGCAGUCUAAGUGAGUAAACACUUGCCAGCUGUUUCCGAGCAUGGACAAAUCGUACCGUUUUUCCCCCCUUCCUUAUUAAGGGAGUUAGGGUUUAUGGCACCCCGCUCUGCAGCAAUUAAUGAUUACCGAGUGGGGCAUUUUACAUCAUUUGUAAUUCGUAAGUCCCCCAAGAAUUCGUUUAUAUCUACCAAUAAGUUCACUCGACUCAGUUACAUGGCCUGGCCAAAAGGAACAGCUUUUCUAUAUAUAUAGCUACAUAUACAGUCUACGCUAGCUUAAAUUCAGUUUUAGUGUAAAUGUAUCUAUUAUAAUUAUAUUGGCCAGGUCAUCUACAAGAGAGAGUUAAGCACCACAGCUGUUAUAGCCCUUUAGCCCAAUGUAUUAGUAUCAUAAUAGUCGUAUAACUUCAGUCUGUGUUUGAGUUCUUUGUUCAUAAAUUUAAUUAUCAUGAGGAUUGAAAUACAUCUCUGCAUUUAAAUUCAUAAAAAUAAAGUAAAUCACGAAAAUGAAGAGAUGUAUGUAACUAUAUAAAAAGAUUUCACGUCAUUAAGUGGACUGACUGACUUAUUAAAACUUAACAUUUAUUUCUGAAUAUCUUUCUAUGUUGCUGCAAUAAUAUUCAUUGUAUUUGUUCCUAAGGAUUAAUUGUAGCUUGUUUUGUUUUUUUGUUGGCUUGGUGUAUACAAUGACCUUUGUAUAAGUUAAGUACCUUUUAAUUCUACAUACCAAGAUCAUUACCUAUGUAUAAAGGUUUAUUUUACGGAUGACAUGAACAGUACUGCUGCACUUACGGAGUACAAGUCAGUCUGAGUUAUUGUUACUGUAUUUAAUGACCUUUGAACCUAUGUAUAAACCUUUGAACCUAUGUAUAAACCUUUGAACCUGGGUUACAAGGUCAUGCCCUUCAACUUCUGUGAUGCACUUAAUUUGUAAAGCUUGUUUUAAUAUUGGUACUGAGGUGAUGUGUACAUCUGGAGUUAGCACAAAAUGAUUUUUGUAAAAAUAUGAUGGAAUGAAAUGGUUACCGUGACAACCUGAUUACAUUGUCUCCACAUUGUUCAGUAUUGAAUUUGACAGUUGUCAUAUAAAGGCCUGCCAAGUGUUCUGUUUCUCCGAAUACCAUGUUUCCCUGUACAUAUAUUUUUUAUCAUAAUUGACUUUGUGCCAUACUGUUAAAGUCCAUAUUAUGAUUAAAUCAUGAGUAAAACUAUAUAUAGAAAAACAUAUCAUCAGACUUGGAGUCCUAUACUUGUAGAUAAAAGUUAUACCACCAAUCUCGGCAGAUCGUCUGUUAACCGUCUAUAACAUAGAGACAUAGCUACACUUUGAUUUAAGAGUAUCUCAAAAAAGUGCUUGACUGUCAUGAUUAGGAAUGCUUAAAAGUUUAAAGUGUAUCUGGUUCCAUAAGAAUUUCUUUCUUGAUAUUUGUUCAGACCCCCCCCCCCAUAUACAUAUAUAUGCAUGUAAUUGAUAUCAUAUUUCUGCAUUUUCAUUUACAUGGCGUGGAAUUUAAAAUUAUACUGAAAAACAUUGAAGUUUUUUUAAAUGAAAAUAUAUAUGAAUUUUUUUGAUUUUUCACAUACAAGUCUCAACUAGUUUUUCCUCCAUCCAACAACCUUCUGUCAAGUGAAAUAGCAGAACUUACUGAAGGCUACUUUGUGUGUUACUGAAGGUAUCAAUGCCAUUAGAGGUCAUUUCAGGUCGUUGUCAAGGAUACGCUUUAAUAGAAUCUACUACUUGUAUGUGUCAUCUCAGUCAAGUUCGAUAACAAAAUCCGGAUCAAGGUGAGGCAGAAAAUAUUUACAAUUGCCAUUAUUCCUGAAUAGAAAAUCAAAGUGUGAGUAGGUAUUUUAUAUACUGAAAGCCACGUGUUGGUGUUUACUUAGAAGCAUCAUGCCUAAUUUUCAUAUCCACAUCAAAUUAUUUAUUUCAUAAAAUACUAGAACAACUUACAAAUAGUUGUUGUAAUAAAUAAAAUUUAACUUAUGAAAAUAAUUGAAGUGUGGAAACUUGUAACUUCUGUUGUCACGGAGAAAAUGUAUGUGGUUUCAUAUGUAAGCUGUCAAUAGCUGUCAAUGGCUUUGUUGUACAUGGACAAACUUGAUGUCAAAAUAAUUUUUAACAUAGAUCAUGCAAAUUAAUGUUUGUGUCUGACUAAAUUAACGCCGUUAUUGAUAAAAGAAAAUAUUGUAAAUAUAAGGAUUAACUUUUUAUUUUGUUUAGUUUAUGAGAUCCUAAAUCCAAUGGAGCAGUUGGUAAAUUAUUGGUAAAUACUUUGUAUACAUUGCACAAUUUACCUCGUGUUUAGUUGGCUUUAUCAUCUCGUAACUAAACAAAAUAUAAAUCAUUUAAUGUCCACCAAAUGUUGUGUAAAGGUUGGUAUGUUUGUUUAGAACCCAUUUAAGAAAAGCAUUAUGCAAACAAUACAUGUUGUAUAUGUACAAUUAGUUGGACAGACUUGUAUCGGUGUGGUGUUUGAGGUGUUGGCCAUGCUACUCCACAAAUAAUGUGUGCAAUAUGAUUGUCUUUUCUAUUUUGAAUUACAAACUUAUACUGAUCACAAAUGAUAGAUAUUGUGUUUAUAAACUUGUUAGAGAGUAUUGUUUUAGUUGCUGGGAAGAUUACCUACGUUUAGGCUGAGUAUAAUGUAUUAUAUCUACACACACCUCACAGAUUCAUUCUCAUCACUUCAUCUCAAUUGUAAACUUUGUGAUAAAAGAUGGCUGCAUUUGAUACUGAUAGAUUCAUUUCAUAUAGCCAAUUAAAAACAUUGACUUGAUACUUCUCAUACAAUAAGGCAAAACAUUUUAAUAUUUGGGUAUUUUGAUCAAGUGACUUUGUUUCAUCAGCAUGUCUGCUGCAGACCAACGCCACAGACUGGAGAAAGGCUCCAACUACUGCCUGGUAUUGGUAGGUUAAGUGUUGACUGCCUGGUAUUGGUAGGUUAAGUGUCGACUGCCUGGUAUUGGUAGGUUAAGUGUUGACUGCCUGGUAUUGGUAGGUUAAGUGUUGACUGCCUGGUAUUGGUAGGUUAAGUGUUGACUGCCUGGUAUUGGUAGGUUAAGUGUUGACUGCCUGGUAUUGGUAGGUUAAGUGUUGACUGCCUGGUAUUGGUAGGUUAAGUGUUAAUAUCCGGUAGAACGUUUGUGGAUGGCUAUCAAACUGUGGCCAUUAAAGAUGUUGUCACAGCCACCACUGGCUUUCUUUUUGUUGAUGAAGAUCAUUUGGUCAAAAUUUACAACUGUAAAAUUGUCUGAGAUCUGUAGGUCUCUCUCAACUCACAAGAGCAAGAACUUCCAGGUUCAGUUAAAACUUGUCUCUCUGACAAAUCUAUUGUCCAAACAUUGUAGUUAAAUCCAGGAAUAGGAGACUGGAAUCAUGCUGUAUAUAAUGUGUCAUCCGUUGGUGCUUUGUGUUGGACUGUGUGUAUAUAUCUGUGAUCCACACAAGGAUUAUUAAAUUAUUAACAAUUUAUCCCAGCUACAUCAUAGGAUCAGUUGAGGUUAUAACCUGCAUUUCAUGAUUUGUACUCCAUGUUGUACCUGUGGUGUAGACAAGGACCUGUGAUACAUAUUUACAGUGUUGUUAAGAAGUGCUCGUUAACGUGAGCAUGGUUCUUUGUAAUACUGAACUUGUACUGGACCAACUGUAGUAUAUGGUUUGUACUGAAUGACCUCAGUACUUGUUUGUACUGAACGACCUCAGUGAUGACUUGUACUGGACGACCUGCAGUGUUGACUUGUACUGGACGACCUGCAGUGUUGACUUGUACUGGACGACCUGCAGUGUUGACUUGUACUGGAUGACCUGCAGUGUUGACUUGUACUGGACGACCUGCAGUGUCGACUUGUACUGGACGACCUGCAGUGUUGACUUAAUGUACUGGAUGACCUGCAGUGUCGACUUGUACUGGACGACCUGCAGUGUUGACUUAAUGUACUGGAUGACCUGCAGUGUUGACUUGUACUGGACAACCUGCAGUGUCGACUUGUACUGGACGACCUGCAGUGUUGACUUAAUGUACUGGAUGACCUGCAGUGUCGACUUGUACUGGACGACCUGCAGUGUCGACUUGUACUGGACGACCUGCAGUGUCGACUUGUACUGGACGACCUGCAGUGUCGACUUGUACUGGACGACCUGCAGUGUCGACUUGUACUGGAUUACCUGCAGUGUCGACUUGUACUGGACGACCUGCAGUGUCGACUUGUACUGGACGACCUGCAGUGUCGACUUGUACUGGACGACCUGCAGUGUCGACUUGCACUGGACGACCUGCAGUGUCGACUUGCACUGGACGACCUGCAGUGUCGACUUGCACUGGACGACCUGCAGUGUCGACUUGCACUGGACGACCUGCAGUGUCGACUUGCACUGGACGACCUGCAGUGUCGACUUGUACUGGACGACCUGCAGUGUUGUACUGGACGACCUGCAGUGUUGACUUGUACUGGAUGACCUGCAGUGUUGACUUGUACUGGACGACCUGCAGUGUUGACUUGUACUGGAUGACCUGCAGUGUUGAUUUCAUGCUGGACAACCUGUGAUAUUUGUACUGGUUAGUUAACGUUGAACUUUUAUCACUGGAAAGGUUCAAUGGGAUGUUUUAAGAUAUUGAAUAAAAAAUUUCAUCAAAAAAUCAAAUAGAAGCUGACAGACUCUAGUUUAGAAGAAUCUAUCUUCCAUGUAGAUUGUGUAAUGUCCAUGAAGCUUUUGACACUAUUUACUGUUUGUGAAGUGAUACCAUACACUGUUAUGUUGCUGACAUAUUUCAUCAUUAAAAUGAUAAUAUAAUGUCA